AUUCUUGUCUUGUAGAAUGCAGAACCUUUCCAGGUUACUGUCCGAGAAGACAAUUGUAUCAUUGUCUCCCUGGAAGCAUCUGAUGUGGUGAGCUCAUCCUCUGUAUAUGUUGUGAAGAUAGCUGGAGAAUCCAAGAACUACUUUUUCCAGUUUGAAGAAUUCAAUAGCACUUUACCUGCCCCCGUGGUUUUUAAUGCCAAAUACCAUGGCCUAUAUUACAUAGUAACUCUGUUGGUAGUGAACUCAAAUAUGGUUUCCAAGUCAGCAAGAUCAAUCACUGUGUUAACCAAACCCCUUCCUGUGAGCAGUGUUUCUAUCUAUGAUUACAAACCAUCUCCAGAAACAGGAGUGUUGUUUGAAAUUCAGUACCCAGAGAAGUACAAUGUUUUUACCAGGGUAAAUAUAAGCUACUGGGAAGGAAAAGACUACCGAACAAUGCUGUACAAAGAUUUCUUUAAAGGUAAAACAGUUUUCAAUCACUGGCUACCAGGUAUAUGCUACAGUAACAUCACAUUUCAGUUGGUAUCGGAAGCAACCUUCAACAAAAGCACACUAGUGGAAUACAGUGGGGUCCAGCAUGAGCCCAAACAGCACAGAACAGUUCCUUACCCACCUCGAAACAUUUCUGUUCAGAUUGUACCAAUCAACAGAAACAACUGGGAAGAGCACAGUGGGAAUUUUGCAGAAGAAUCAUUCAUGGGACCACAAGAAAUCAUAAGGAAAGAAAAACUUAGCCGUUCUUCUGACAACCCACCUGACAUUCCAGCAGGGAACACAUCUGCAGCCUGGACAGACUACCGCUAUAACAGCACUGAGUAUGAAACCACGUCGCAGCCGUACUGGUGGUCUAAUGAAGCUGAGUCGUCAGAGGGUGAAGAGGAGUUUGUCAAUGCAGUUUCCAGUGAUUAUGAGGCCAAUGAAGUCAACGCAUCUGGAAAACUCACGCCAGAGCCCCCCUCCUUCCUUCCUGUACAAAUGGUGCUGACCUGGUUACCACCAAAGCCACCUACUGCAUUUGAUGGUUUCCAUAUCAGUAUUGAAAGGGAAGAGAACUCCACGGAAUUUUUGACAGUAAGUGAGGACACUCACAAAUUUGUUGCUGAACUGAAAGAACCAGGAAAAUAUAAGUUGUCUGUAACAACAUUUAGCUCCUCUGGCUCUUGUGAAGUUCGGGGAAGUCAAUCAGCAAAAACACUUAGCUUUUACAUCAGCCCCACAGGUGAAUGGAUAGAAGAGCUCACUGAAAAACCCCAGCACGUAACCGUGACGGUGCUAAGCUCCACUACGGCCCUGACAUCCUGGACAGCAUCACAAGAGAGCGGUGGCAACAGCACCAUCGUGUCUGUGGUCUCCCUGACCUGUCAGAAGCAAAAGGAAAGUCAAAGGCUUGAAAAACACUACUGCACGGAGGUGAAUUCAAGCAGCAGCCUCAUUGAAAAUCUUGUUCCUGGUGCCCAGUACCAGGUUGUGGUUUACUUACGGAAAGGACCGUUGGUGGGACCUCCUUCUGAUCCUGUUACAUUUUCCAUUGUGCCCACUGGAAUAAAGGAUCUGACGCUUUACCCUUUGGGACCUACUGCUGUGGUUUUGAGCUGGAACAGACCUUUCCUUGGGGUGUUCAGGAAAUAUGUUGUAGAAAUGUUUUACUUCAAUCCAUCAACGAUGACCUCUGAGUGGACAACUUAUUAUGAAAUAGCAGCAACCGUCUCCUUAACUGCCUCUGUGAGAAUAGCUAACCUGCUGCCUGCUUGGUAUUACAAUUUCCGGGUCACCAUGGUGACUUGGGGGGACCCAGAGCUGAGCUGCUGUGACAGCUCCACCAUCAGCUUCAUAACAGCACCAGUGGCACCCGAGAUUACCUCCAUAGAAUAUUACAACCACCUUUUGUAUGUCACCUGGACCUAUGGAGGAGAUGGUACUGACCUCUCUCAUUCCAGGAUGCUGCAUUGGAUGGUCAUUGCAGAAGGAAAGAAGAAAAUCAAGAAGAGUGUAACACGCAAUGUGAUGACUGCAGUGUUGAACUUGCCUCCAGGGGAUAUUUACAACCUUUCAGUGACUGCUUGUACUGAAAGAGGCAGCAAUACUUCCCUGCCCCAGCUUGUGAAAUUGGAACCAGCCCCUCCAAAAUCACUGUUCGCUGUCAACAAGACACAGACCUCUGUGACUCUGCUGUGGGUGGAAGAAGGAGUGGCUGAUUUCUUUGAAGUCUACUGCCAGCAGGCUGGAUCUGGUCAGGAAACAAAAGUCCAGGAACCUGUCACUGUCUCCUCACACGUAGUGACCAUUUCCAGCCUAACCCCUGCCACUUCCUACAACUGCAGCGUGACCACCUUCAGCCACAAUAGCCCCAGCAUCCCCACUUUCAUUGCGGUUUCCACCAUGGUCACUGAGAUGAAUCCCAACGUAGUGGUAAUCUCUGUGUUAGCCAUCCUAAGUAUCCUUCUGAUUGGACUGCUGCUGGUGACUCUUGUGGUACUCAGGAGAAAACAUCUACAAAUGGCCAGGGAGUGCGGGGCUGGAACCUUUGUCAAUUUUGCAUCUUUAGAGAGAGAUGGAAAGCUUCCCUAUAAUUGGCGUAGAAGUGUAUUUGCUUUCCUAACUCUGCUACCCUCAUGCCUUUGGACUGAUUAUCUUUUGGCAUUUUAUAUUAAUCCUUGGAGUAAAAAUGGAUUAAAGAAGAGAAAGCUGACCAACCCUGUCCAGUUGGAUGAUUUUGAUGGCUACAUCAAGGAUAUGGCCAAAGAUUCAGAUUACAAAUUUUCUCUGCAAUUUGAGGAGCUAAAACUGAUUGGGCUUGACAUACCCCACUUUGCUGCUGAUCUUCCCAUGAAUCGCUGUAAAAAUCGCUACACAAAUAUCCUGCCAUAUGAUUUUAGUCGUGUCCGGUUAGUUUCAAUGAAUGAAGAAGAGGGAUCUGACUACAUUAAUGCCAACUACAUUCCAGGUUAUAAUUCACCCCAGGAAUAUAUUGCAACCCAAGGGCCACUGCCAGAAACUAGGAAUGAUUUUUGGAAGAUGGUUCUCCAGCAAAAAUCUCAAAUUAUUGUUAUGCUCACUCAGUGUAAUGAGAAAAGAAGGGUGAAAUGUGAUCAUUACUGGCCUUUUACAGAAGAUCCUGUUGCAUAUGGGGACAUCACAGUAGAGAUGCUGUCCGAGGAGGAACACACAGACUGGGUUUAUAGGAAUUUCCGAAUUAGCUAUGCUGAUGAGGUGCAAGACGUGAUGCAUUUUAACUACACUGCCUGGCCAGAUCAUGGUGUCCCCACGACCAAUGCUGCCGAAAGCAUCCUCCAGUUUGUACAGAUGGUCAGGCAGAAAUCAGCAAAGAGUAAAGGCCCCAUGAUCAUACACUGCAGUGCUGGAGUGGGACGAACAGGAACCUUCAUAGCCCUGGAUCGGCUCUUACAGCACAUUCGUGAUCAUGAGUUCGUAGAUAUAUUGGGCCUGGUGUCUGACAUGCGGUCCUACAGAAUGUCCAUGGUGCAGACAGAGGAACAAUACAUUUUUAUUCACCAGUGUGUGCAACUGAUGUGGCAAAAGAAGAAGCAGCAGUUCUGCAUCAGCGAUGUCAUAUAUGAGAACGUCAGCAAGUCCUAGUUCAGCGUCACAAGUGGUGAGACCAUGAAGCACACCCAUCUUCCCUUGCUUCUGAUUUUUUUUCUUUUGAUGGUUUGAACGGCCAGUUGUUCUGCCACGAGAGACUGCUGCUUUGCAGUACAAGGACGAUAAAAGAAAGAAACUUUUAACUUUCUGAAGCACUGGGGAGACAAAGCCUUAACGAGCCUGCGGUGUCUUUUGAACUGUUU